AUGCAGAUGGAUGAUCCUUUCAAGCCUUUGCUUCGCAGUCUCCCAGACUACUUCAAUUCUCUGAGCCUAUCAGAUGGCAUCAUUCAAUCUGAUGAUAAGGAGUUCAGGAUCCAUAAACUUGUUUUAUGUGCCCAGUCAAAGUAUUUCUCGAAGGCAUUCACUGGAGACUGGAAGGAGUCAGCGGACGGAGCUAUACGUCUAGAGGGGGAUGACGUGUCCGCUGUAGAAGCAAUGCCGCAAUUCAUGUACACCGUUGACUACGAUGCCAGUGGCAGUGCUAAGAACAGUGCUUCGCCCAUGGUAUUUAAUGUCAAAGUGUACAGCAUCGCAGACAAAUACGAUGUACCGGCGUUGAAGUCACAGGCCAGGCAAAAAUUUGAAACGACCGUCGAGACUUGCUGGAACAUGGAUGAUUUCCCAGAUGCUGUCGCUGAAGUAUAUAACUCCACUCUGUCCAUCGAUCGAGGCCUCCGAAAUGUGUUAGUUGAUGCAGCCUGCAAGCACAUUAGCGAACUACUAUCGAAACAAAGGUUUCGCGACAUCCUUGGAGAAACCGUCGGAUUCGCUUCUGAUAUAGCUCAACUUCUUGCCAAGGGUCGAAAGAAGUACCAAUGUCCCAGCUGCAAGACUUGGCAAACAUUGAUCAAUCAAGACUGA